UUUAUUUGGUCAAAUGAGUUGACUCGCCAGCGAUGACUUUGAAUCAUUUCUGCCUUCUGAAGAGAGCUUCGAAACCGGCGAACCCUAGAUUUUCACUCCGGAGUUUAUUUAUUUCCACUUGUCUAUUGUAUGUUCUGGAAAAUUAAUUGCAGGAAUUUAAUCCGGAAGUAGAUGCAUCAGGAUCGCGUUUUUUGAAGGUGAAUCUGCGGGGAGAUGAGGAUAAAUUGUAGAUUGCUGGCGGUUGUAAUUAUAUUCUCCAUCAUAUGUUGUCAUGUGACAGCAGAACCGAAGGAUUCUGAGGAUACCAAAAAUCACGAUGGUAAUGACAGGGGAGUGAAUCCAAAUGAUGCUGCAAAGAAGGGCAAGGCAGGUGAAUCAGUUACAACUGAUCCGAAUGUGCUUGUCGAGCCCAAAGGAGGGGAUCGUGAGCAAAAGAACGGUAAGGAUAAUGAUCAGAAAGAUGAGAAGGAGAAUAAGGGAUUAGAUGCUAAGUCGAAGGGAGAGACAGAGGAGGAUAGGUUUCGGCCACCAAGCGAAAAAUGUGAUUCUUCUUCAAAUAGUUGCACAGCUGAUGAUAACAUGUUGGUUGCUUGUUUGAGAGUUCCUGGGAAUGAUUCUCCAGCUCUAUCUCUCUUGAUUCAAAACAAAGGAAAAGGAUCCCGAACUAUUACAAUUUCAGCACCCAACUUAGUUAAGCUGGAUAAAGGCAAUAUUAAGCUUCAAGAGAACAAAGAUGAUGAGGUCAAGGUUACAAUUGAUGGCUUAGAAAGUGGCGACACCAUUGAACUCUCUGCCGGGCAAGGCGUAUGCAGACUCAAUUUUUCUGAACAAUAUUUGGCCCUGAAGAAAGCUGACCAUAUCCCCAAGGAUCCACACUCUUCUAUCUUUAACCGAACUUUAUCCACAGGAUUCCUAAUUCUUGGAGUGGCAAUCGUAGCUGCUGCAUCAUUUUUCAUCUACACCAGAUUCGGCUCAAGGUAUUUUACCGGAAAAGGUCCUAAAUACCAAAAGCUAGACGCAGAGCUCCCCGUCUCACAUGGCAGCAAGCUUGAGGCCGGCGGCAUCGAGGGAUGGGAUGACAGCUGGGGAGACAAUUGGGACGACGAGGAAGCACCACUGACUCCAUCAAUGCCGAUCACUCCAAGCCUUUCUUCCAAAGGCAUAGCUUCAAGAAAGUUCAAUAAGGACGCCUGGAAUGACUAGCUGCAGAAAUUUACGCCAUCGCGGGACAUCCCGGGUUUUCUGGUGAGUUCACACUGCUGUACUCUUCGUCUUGAUAAAUUUUGAGAUUCAGGGUAUCAUAGAAACAUUCGAUAUGCCAGUAGAUCAAUAUGUAACCGUGAUCUGAUGUUCUACAGGUGAAUAGUUUCAUUCGUGAUCAUUAUAGAUUAAUUGUUGCUGAAA